AUGUCAGUGGGUCUCAAGAACCCAGGCCCCCUCGCACCCUCCCACAUGGCUGGCCUGUUUGAUUGGGCGCUUGUUAAAGAGUGCAACCAGUACACGGAUUGGAGUGGUGGAGAGUGGUACAGCGGCAGGUAUGGGUGCAACUAUGCCAAGGAGUUUAUUGUUCGCAACAAGGCGGUGUUUGUGGCUGAGUAUGUGGAGAGCUGGGGCAAUUCGGCAGGAGUGCAAAACGGCAUUCGAUUCCCACAGGCAUCUCUUUCCCCCGACUGGUCCGCGUGCCUGCGGCCAGUCACAGGUCACCCGCUUUCCGCCACCCACAGCCGGGUUACGUCAAGAGCCGCGCGCAUUCCCCCACCCCGCGCCCGUCUCUACCCCACGCCGUGCGCUUCCCCCGCUACGAGGGGGAAUGGGAAGGCGCACGUGUGGCUGCCGCUGCGGCUGGGGAUGGGUCCAGGUGGACUGGGCGGCAUCUCUUGGCAGCAUGUGACUCUGCACGUGGUGCAAGUGGCGUCGUCACCAACGCUCUCUCACUACCUGACGACCCUCAUCCCCUCCCUGCCUUCCCAAACCCCCUCCCGUUCUUACAUUUGUCCUCCCCCAUUCGUCCCCUCACACCCCAUUCUCUCCCCCUCCCCCCAACCCCUUCCCAAGCAGGCCUUAUUCCCAGCGUCCUUUUCUGUCGCAACUCCCACUCUAGCCGUUCUCCACCUUCUCUUCUCCUCGCCCCUCCUCUCUCCUCUCGGCCGCCUCCUCUCCCCCCUCUCCCGCGCCCUCGCCCCCCUCUCCCGCCUCCUCUCACUCCGCCCCCGCUUGCGCCCGCGCCUGGCCAGCAGCACAUGCGGGGGGAAGGGGGAAAGUAGCCUGAGCGGGGAAGGGGGAGGGAUGGGGAUGGGGGAUGCUGAUGGGGAUGAUGAUGGGAAUUUGGGAGACGGGGAGGAGGAUGGGGGGGAAGACUUUUGGAAUGGGGGCGAAAUGGAAAUUAGUGGGGAGGAGAAUGCGUAUAUCGAUGACGGCAAUGAUGAUUACUCUAAUGAUAUUAAUUCUAAUUAUAUUGGAGAUGAUUGUGAUGAUGCCGUUAGUGCGCCAUCUGGCAUCAUGCGUGACGUGGCUGCUGAUGCUGACGUGGAGCAUGGAUGGGAAAGGAACCUGCGCCUGCAUGCUCCAGGGGAGGCGGAGGGGGAAGGAUGGGGAGAGAUUGGGGGAGGCGGGGGAGGUGGAGGCGUGUUUGGGAGGGCAGCAGUGGCGGUAGCAGUGGGCGGGGCCAUAUUCAAGAAACUGGCUCCAAGCUUACAUCACACGCUGGUCUGUCUCGGAGCAUCUCUCCCAAUAGCCGUGGAGUAUGAGCGAGUGCGGGUGCGCGUGGGGAAGGGCCCAGCAGGGGCGUGUGGGAGGGAGGGCGAGGCGGCGUGGAGGAGGGCGCAUAGAAGGGCAGCAAGCCGAGUGGCGAAGCUGAUCAAGACAUACCACGACAUGCCACAGGCUGGUGGCGUCUUGGACCUGACAGAGGCCGCCACUCUGCUGCACUACAGGACAAACAGCGCCGCCCCGUACAUCAUGCCAACUCCCGUCCUCCCUCCAUCAUUGUCUCGUUACCCUCUCCUUUCCCCUCUCCUCGCCCUUCCCUUCUCGUACACCACAACAAAAGGAAACGGAGAAAGGGGAAGCGGGGCAGGUAGUCGGGCGGGGAGAGAGGAGAUUGGGGAGGAGAGGGUGGAGAAAGGGA